AUGAGUCCACCAGAGUCCACAAUAGUCCACCAAGAGUCCACCAAGAGUCCAGCAAGAGUCCAGCAAGAGUCCAACAGUGUCCACCAAGAGCCCACAAGGAGUCCACCAGAGAUCUCCCAGAGUCCAAAAGAGUCCACCAAGAAGUCCACCAGAGUCCACCCAGAGUCCACCAGAGUCCACCAAGAGCCCACACUAGGAGUCCACCAGAGUCCCCCCAGAGUCCACCAUGAGUCCACCCAGAGUCCACCAGAGUCCACAAUAGUCCACCAAGAGUCCACCAAGAGUCCAGCAAGAGUCCAACAGUGUCCACCAAGAGCCCACAAGGAGUCCACCAGAGUUCUCCCAGAGUCCACCUACAGUCCACCAGAGUCUACCAAGAGUCCACCAGAAUCCUCCCAGAGUCCACCAAGAGUCCACCCAGAGUCCACCAGAGUCCUCCAAGAGUUCUCCAGAGUCCUCCCAGAGUCCACAAUAGUCCACCCAGAGUUCACAAGAGUCCACCAAGAAGAGUCCACAAAGAAGAGUCCACCAAGAAGAGUCCACCAGAGUCCAUCAAGAGUCCACCAUGAGUCCACCCAGAGUCCACCAGAGUCCACAAUAGUCCACCAAGAGUCCAGCAAGAGUCCAGCAAGAGUCCAACAGUGUCCACCAAGAGCCCACAAGGAGUCCACCAGAGUUCUCCCAGAGUCCACCAGAGUCUACCAAGAGUCCACCAGAAUCCUCCCAGAGACCACCAAGAGUCCACCCAGAGUCCACCAGAGUCCUCCAAGAGUUCUCCAGAGUCCUCCCAGAGUCCACUAA